GCUUGGUGCAACGAACCAUGGCAGAGUUGAUGCCUACAAAAAUACGCCAUUACUACGUCUCUAUUAGAAGUCUUCACGGGUCCAACAUGCCAGAUAUUCCGAGAUACGACCUGGAAGCAGCUCCUACAUUUUGAUUUUUGUCUCGGGUCUGAUAUAAACGUCACUGGUCUGGGUAAACGUUAUUUACUGACUGGACCCGAUUUGGAUCCUUCCUCUGCUCAUUUAAUUUGUGAGGUGAUGUCAACUGCGCAAACUUCCAAUCUGUCUCAGUACCAUGUCAGGGUUUUUGGACAGUGUCCGGUGCGGAGACUGCGAGUGCAAUGUGGACUGGGGAGAGAGGCGAAACACCAUGGCAUCUAUAGCUGCUGGAGUCCUGUUUUUCACUGGUUGGUGGAUAAUCAUUGAUGCAGCUGUGAAAUAUCCAGAUGAGGCGGUAUUCCAUCAUGCCUAUCACACAUGUGGAGUCAUCGCUACUGUGGCUUUUCUCAUGAUCAAUGCUGUCUCGAAUGGCCAGGUGAGAGGGGACAGCUACAGUGAAGGUUGCAUUGGGCAGACAGGAGCUCGUGUGUGGCUCUUCAUUGGUUUCAUGCUGGCGUUCGGCUCUCUCAUCGCUUCCAUGUGGAUCCUGUUUGGAGGCUUCGUAGUGCCCAAGAAACUUGUUGUGUAUCCUGGUAUUGCGGUUUUCUUCCAAAAUGCAUUCAUUUUCUUUGGGGGCUUGGUGUUUAAGUUUGGACGCACUGAAGACUUGUGGCAGUAAUGGUUUCUGGUUUCUGUCAACUGUCAUACUAUCUGUUCUCUCAUUGUAUGAGACAGUAGUGUACGCUUUGGCCUGUCAAAACACUACCUUCCGUCUUUCAAUAUAUAUAGAUAUAUAUAUAUAAUAUUCACUUUAUAUAAUGACUUUAUAAUUUUGCUUUUUAGAUUAACUUGUUUAAUUUAUAAGUAGGUUGGUUGUUGCUGUACAAAUGUACAUUUUACUAAAGCAUCAUUUGCUGUUCCAUCUUUUAAUUCAAUGUUCUUUUCUUUUGAAUUCUUGUAAUGGGAUCUAGGUGUCUUUUCACUCCAAAUGUGUGGAGCCAUUCUGUUACAAUAAUUUACUACCUUCCAUUAUUUAUCUUGGAAACUGUGCAAAAUAAUAAAUGAGCAGAUUAUUAUUUUCCUUUUUAUUGUUUUUACAAUACACAUUAGUGCACUAAUAAUGUUUAGAAAUAUUUUGAUUUCUGAUGAGGGCAUGCAUCAGGGAGGCAUGACAUCUAUGGAAGUGUUAGUCCUGUAAAUAGCCUAUUUUAUUAUUAUACAGUUACUGAUAAUAAGAAUUUAACCUUUAAUGUGGGCAAUUUGUCUUUCCUAUUGUCGAGAUGUGGGGUCUGUAAUUAAGCCAUUCUACUGAACCAUAAUCUGAUGGUUCAUAAUUCAAGGUGUAGUUUAAAGGAAGGAUUUAAUUCUGAGGUUUCGGUGCUCUGACCACCAUCUCUGUUCUUGUAUUUGACUGCAAUGCUUAUACUUUCACAGUACUUGUAUAGUAACCAAACUGAGAUCACUGAACCUGAACAACUACAGCAGCAUUAAAUAGAAAAUGUAAAACAA